GCCAGCUGCGUCUUCUUCGCUUCCUCACCCGAACCUCAGCAGCCAGCGUCCUGGCGUCUGACCUCGCCAUGCCUAGCCUUUGGGAUCGUUUCUCGUCCUCCUCCUCCUCCUCCUCUUCGUCCUCGUCCGGAACUCCAGCCACUGAUCGGCCGCCGCGCUCCGCCUGGGGGUCUGCGGCCCGAGAAGAGGGCCUUGACCGCUGCGCGAGCCUGGAGAGCUCGGACUGUGAGUCCUUGGACAGCAGCAACAGUGGCUUCGGACCGGAGGAAGACUCCUCAUACCUGGAUGGGGUGUCCCUGCCCGACUUUGAGCUGCUCAGUGACCCGGAGGAUGAGCAUCUGUGUGCCAACCUGAUGCAGCUGCUGCAGGAGAGCCUGUCCCAGGCGCGAUUGGGCUCGCGGCGCCCCGCGCGCCUGCUAAUGCCAAGCCAGCUGGUGAGCCAGGUGGGCAAGGAACUCCUGCGCCUGGCUUACAGCGAGCCGUGCGGCCUGCGGGGGGCACUGCUGGACGUCUGUGUGGAGCAAGGCAAGAGCUGCCAUAGCGUGGCUCAGCUGGCCCUCGACCCCAGCCUGGUGCCCACCUUUCAGCUGACCCUGGUGCUGCGCCUGGACUCUCGCCUCUGGCCCAAAAUCCAGGGGCUGUUGAGUUCCGCUAACUCUUCCUUGGUCCCUGGCUACAGCCAGUCCCUGACGCUGAGCACCGGCUUCAGAGUCAUCAAGAAGAAACUCUACAGCUCCGAACAGCUGCUCAUUGAAGAGUGUUGAACUUCGUCCUGGGGGCGAGGGGGCUCGCAUUGCCCCCAAAGUGCAGACAGGAAAGUUUUGUGGUGGAGACGAGCAGGCAAGGACUGAAGGACUGAUGCCUGCGUUAGAAAGCUGACAAUAGCCACCGGAGGGGCGCAGGGCCCGUUGGAGAAGGAAGUGUCAAGGAAGGUCGCUAGGUUGUGUGCAGGUGGCUCCCUGUUGGGGCACAUGCUCUUAGUACUGUAGCAUGAAACAAAGGCUUAGGGGCCACACAGGCUUCUGGCUGGAUGUGUAUGUAGCAUGUACCUUUUAUAUUAUUAUUAUUAUUACUGACAGUUACAACAACAGUAGUGUGACAGAGCCAAAAGGGCAGCUGGUCUGCGCUGGCGUCUGCCAGGGGUGUGUGCUGAGGGGAGGAGGGGGGUAGGUCUUGGAGAUAGUUCGUGUAUCUCAUGGUCUGAAAGGACCAAGUGUGUUUGUCGUUUGUUUUGUAUCUUUUGUGUUUUGGGGGAUGGGAGCUUCACUACUGACCUGUUCGAGGCAGCUAUCUUACAGCCGCAUGAAUGUAAGAGUAGGACGGGGUGGGUGUUGGGAUCAUUUGGGAUCUUUGACACUUGAAAAAAGUAACACCUGGGAGCUUUGUCCAGCCCAUUCCCUGCCAUGGACUGGAGGAUUGAACUGUGAGGGGAUGGGUCUGAAGGGGGUGGGGUGGGGGGCUGGAACCCCUCCCCCAGAGGAGUGGCCACCUGGGUCUUCCAUCUAGAACUGUUUACAUGAAGAUACUCACGGUUCAUGAAUACACUUGAUGUUCAAGUAUUAAGACCUAUGCAAUAUUUUUACUUUUCUAAUAAACAUGUUUGUUAAAACA